AUGGUUGGUCACAAUUAUCCGUUCCGCGAAACCCCGAUGUGCUACUGCUCAAUCGUCCCUUAUCCUCAUUUGGGUAUUUUCUAAUUUUUUUUUAUUUUCGUUUCACGAAACACGAAUACUAAGUUGGAUUUUAUCUGUCAAUACUCUCAAUUUCUGCUCAAAAAGUCCUUCUCGGUGUGUUAAAAUGCACAGAUGUUUUACAUAAUUGAAAAAGAGGAAAAUUAUUUGUUUCGAAACCUUGAAGAAAUGUUCCGGUCCGUCUUGGAACCCCCAGGAAGAAAUUUUCCAAAUUAUUGAGCUGUGGUUUUAUUUUUCAAGUUUCGCAAGCGCUCGAUUUUUUUUCUUUAUAUCAAUUAUUUUUCUUUGAAUUUUUUUGAAAAAAAGUUUUUAUAGAACACGAUUGGCGACCUCAGCUAGUUUCGUGGACUCGACCUUGUGUACCUGGAGGGAUUCCGCUCGAAUUUGGAGGCCAAGGCGGAUUCGACAGGCCUUUAAGUAACGCAGUCGUUGUGCCACCUGGUUUCUCGUGCCGUCAUCGAUUUGGGUACUUCUGCCCUGAUUACGGUUGGUUUAUCGAUUUUCAAAAACUUUCAAAUUGCUGAGAAUAUCACAAAGCUAUUAUUUAUUCUGAUGACAGCUAAAUUCCAUCAAGUGUAGUCUGUCAAACUGAAAUGAGUCAUCACAAACAUGAUAAUAUUUAACAACCAGAAAUUUGGUCAAAUCAACUUUUUUUAACAUUCCAUUUUUUAGGAUACUGUCCGUCACACGCCACAACGGCGCAGCAAAAUUAUUAUCAGCAGUAAGUUCUCAUAUCAUUUUUGAUAACUUUCCAUUUUUUUUUUCAGUCCUUCUGCUAGGUCGCGUAUUUCUCCCCAAUACGUUUAUACUAGUCAGAAUAACAUGAGCAACAAUAUCAACGGGAUCAUUGCCGGUUUGAAUCUUUUUCUUCUUCAACAGGAAAUACUUAACGUGAAAUGAUUAAAUGAAAUUAGCUGUGUGGUAUAAGGAUAUGACAAAAAAAAAACAUUUAAAAUUUGAAUUCGUUCAAUUUUUAUUUGAAAAAGCUUUUUAUGUGUUUCGGUCUUUUUUCCAGAUAGUUCUACGGUUUUUUGCGUCACGUAUUUGAUUUCCUUUUGUUAUGAAACAUUGUAUUUUAAUCAGAGGCCUUUAGGAAACGGAUUGCCGCCAGGCGUCACGGCUUCGUCGCAGCAGCACGGUCAGGCGCCGCAAAACAUGCAGGCUCAACAAGGCGUCGCCGUUCCGCAACAAGCCAAGACGUUGGCACGAAUCCAAGGAACCUCUCCGGGUUUGUUUCUUCUUCUGUUGCGAGCUGUCAGAAGUAUAUUAAAAAAAUUUUUAUGUUAUUCUUGAGAGGGUCAUUUUUUUCUUUCCGGUUGGGGGAUUUUUCUAAAAAAAUUGGCCGUUAAUGCGCCAAAAAAAGAUGCUAAAAUUCUCAAUCUGAAAAAACUUUCUUUUUUUGUGAAAAAAAGGACGCUUCAAGGUCAGAUAAAACUCUCAAAAACCGGUAAAAUGGGUUUUUAUUUUCGAAAAACGAGGAAGUUAUGCAUGUUGAGACUCACUAUCUUUUUCUGGUUCAUCAAUGCUCAAUUUCUGAAAAAUUCUGUUUGUUUAUAUUUUCAAGACUAAUGAUCAAAGGUAUAAAUAUUCUGCUUUCAAAAUUUAUCGAUGGGGAUGUGUUUUUUUCAACGUUUAUUUUCAUAGAUAAAUAUUGUUUCGAUAACCUUUUUUUCAUCUUUGUCUGUAAAUAUAAGCCGCAGAAGGUCUCCCGUACUUCUCAAACUUCAAACCGCUUAUGUUUGGUCGAUUCGAUCACAACUUGCUUCAUAGACCUUGUGUUUGACCAAAAAUAAUAAGCUUAUCAUCGGAAAAUACAAUUCAUGUGGUCGCUCAGCUGAUUUUCCUUGUUCAUUUGCUGAUAAACAAACAGUUUGUAGUGAAAUAUUGUACUAGCUGAUGACUUCUCUCAAGUGUAAGCUGUGUUUCAAGCCUUCGCGUAGGUUUUUUGUCAAAUAUUCUAUUUUUUUAAAACCCGUAUUUUCAUUAAUCAUAUAUUGAGACAAAUUUCCCAUCUCUUUAUUUGUUUUUGUACUGGUCUUGGGUCUUAUUAUUCAUUCAGUGAGACUUACGUUUUUUUCAAAUGAAAAAAAUCAAAUAAUUGCAAGAAAACUUUUCUAGAAAACCUGGAAUUUUAUAAAUUUUUCAUCCAUUAUCUUGUUGAGGAGCAAAUUGAUAAAAAAACUUUCAAAAUUAUCAACUUUCAAUAUUGCAAAUUUUUAUCCCUAGAGUCUCUGAUGGUAAAUUUCAGGCUUCCCGCUUUACUGAACUCUUUUUUUUCGAUAUUUGUAGUAUGUAUUGUUCGAAAAAGAACCGGAUAAUUUCAAAAAAAUGAAUGACACGAUUUGAAGGAAAGUUACUUGAAUAAAUCACUUGGUAAAUUUUCUCAUAUGUAUAACUCUAUUCCGUUUCAACUAUUAAAUAAAAUUUCCACGGCUGUUGAGAGAGAUAUAUGUCAAAAAUUCUUUCUGAUAAAAGAUGAAUAAAAAAAUUGAUAGUUUUGUUCCAAGUCGAUAGAUAACGGAAAACUAUAGCGUUUUACAAAAAGAGUACGGUACGUGGAAAUCCGCAUUCUUUUUUGAAGUUUAAAAUAAAAAGGGAAAAAAGCGGAAACGGACCACUCAGAAACAUCACGCAAAAAAGUGCAAACACACACUGAAAAUUUCAGAAUGUGGACUUUCACAUACAGUAAUCUUCAAAAAAAUGAAAAACACAUUUUUAUCGGAGUACCCAACUUUCAGCAGUGCUCUCUGUCGUCGGCACGGGUUCGGCCACGACACAAAGCGUCGCUCCACAAAUUGCCACAGUCGUUCCUUCAGAAAACUGCGACAGCAAUGCUGAGGUAUUCCGUCGAAAUUUCCUUUUUUGUUGAAAACUUCUAUCUUUCAGGUCCUGGCCGUCUUCGAGUGUCCGGUGUGCCUGGAAUACAUGCUCCCGCCGUACCUGCAGUGCCAGUCGGGCCACUUGGUCUGCUCCAACUGCCGGCCCAAGCUCCAAUGUUGCCCAACUUGUCGCGGCCCAACUCGUGAGCCUUUCGUUUACUUUUCCUCUAAUAAUUAGAUUUUAGCCAGCGUUCGGAACUUGGGAUUGGAGAAAAUUGCCAAUACGAUGCGUUUCCCAUGCAAAUUCGCCUCUUCCGGCUGCACUCACAUAUUUUUCCAUUAUGAGAAGAUUGAGCACGAGGAGCUCUGCGAGUUCAGGUAGGCUCUAGGAGUAUUUCUGAGAAAAAUUCAGCUUUUCCUAGGAGAUCGUGUAUUGACUUUCAUUAUAAUUUUAAGUUUUUUGGAAACAGAAAAUUGCCUCAAGUUAGGGUAAAAUAACUUUCUUCAUCCUUUUUGCUAGCUAUUAGUUCAUAAAAAAAGAAUCAAUAAGAUUUUCUGGAAAAAAAUUAGAAAAAUCAGAAAAAAACAAAUUUUUUUAGGUGACUUGUAAGUUUGAAAACCUUGAAUUUCAAAAUUUGUUUCGAAAUUGAAAAAAAAAAUGACUUUUUAAACUGUUUUUUGGUGGCUAGAAGUAUUAGGAAUCGUUUUGUAUCUUAUGCAAGUUUUAUUUUCUCCAAAUAGCUUUUUGUAUCUCUUAUGAGAAUUUUGUAGAAGCAUUUUCGUUGCGAGACCCUUAUUAGUUUCUAAAAAUGAUCCUUUGAAAACUUCAGCCAGCUCUCAAAUUGACAUAUUUUUGAACUCUCCAGGAAAAAGCCUCCCUGUUUCUAGCCAAAUUUAGACCUAUUUAAAAAUUUUUUAUCAUAUUCUUCUAGGCCCUAUUGCUGUCCGUGUCCCGGAGCCUCGUGCAAAUGGCAAGGCGCCUUGGCCGACGUGAUGGAUCACCUCAAAAGAGUCCACAAGAGCAUCACCACCCUUCAAGGCAAGGAUUUCGGAAGAAAGCCUAACUGAAGUUGAGUUUUCAGGAGAGGAUAUCGUCUUCUUGGCCACGGAUAUCAACCUUCCCGGGGCCGUCGAUUGGGUCAUGAUGCAGAGCUGCUUCGGAUAUAAUUUCAUGCUUGUUUUAGGUCUUUAUUUGUUUAUUUUGAACCUAUCUUUUCAUUUUGGAACAAUACUUACAAGGAGCAAGGUUAUAGAAGCUUUGAAAUGAACAAAUAUCGACGUUAAAGUUCGAUUUUGUUCUUUCUCCGAAACGGUAGUCUCAUCAUUUACGAACCCUUCGUUCUUAUUUUCAAAUUUUUUUUGCAGAAAAGCAAGAAAAGUACGAUCCGUCCCAGAGUCAGCAAAUGUUUUACGCCGUCGUACAACUCAUUGGCUCGAAGAAAGAAGCCGACACCUUCAUGUACAGGUGAGUGAAAAAAUUCAAAAAAACUAUUUCCAAACCAUGAUAGCUUGCUAUGAUGUCCAAAUAAGCAAUGUUACUAGUUUUAUGUUGAAAAUCUUCUCUAGCGACGGGUUCUCAUUAAGACUAUCAGUGAAAAGUUCACUGGGUAUACAUUGAGAAGGAUGAAUAUUCACAAAUUCGCAGACUGGAGCUGUCGACGCAGCGACGUCGCAUGGCUUGGGAAGCGACGCCGCGGUCGAUCCACGAAGGCGUCGCCUACGCGAUUCAGCAGUCGGACUGCCUCGCCUUCGACACGAACGCCGCCCAGCUUUUCGCCGGUUCGUGAAUAAUCUGAUCAUCUUUUUCUAACCUUUUUUAUUUCAGAAAAUGGCAACCUUGGAAUCAACGUAACUAUAAGUUCUGUGGAAAAUAUGCGGUGGGUUUUUUUUUGCCCGAAAGUACAAAGAAGUUAGAGCAGCGUGGAAAAAGUGAUUUUGAGAAAAAAACGCUUGAAUUUUCUUUUUCAUUUUUAUUUUGGAAAUUUCAAAAUUUAUCUCUUUCCUUUUUUUGAUUGAAAAAUCCUGAACUCUUUUCAUAAUUUUCAGUAGUAAUUCAUUUUUUUAUAAAUUACUUGAGAAAAAAACGAAAUAAAACUUCAAAGUCCAUAGCAAGUCGAAAAAAAUAAUUGAAAAGCUAAUUUUCUAAAAUUGGGACAGAAUUUUGAGUUUCUAAAUUUGUUUUCUUUCAGUCAGAACAAAAUGCGUUGAUACUUGCUUUUUCAAAUUAUUUUUUUAGUGAUUAAAUACAUUUUCAGUUCGGAGCGGGAGCAAAGCUGA